AUGUUAGCUUAUUGCUAUUAUGCCGUCGUUAUCGGUCGCUCUCCUGGAAUCUACACUAAUUGGAGUACCUAUAUUGAUCAAGUUUGGGGUUACUCAGGAGCAAUUUCUCAAGGUUUCCCAACAAAACUGGCUGCUGUUACUUUCUUGAUUACAGGAAAACGUGUUCUCACGAAUGGCACAUUACAGAUGUCGAUCAACUCUAGCCAUCUAAAUGAGCUAACCCCAAGGGUUAACGUCUACGCAGAUGGUGCGUGCGGAAGAUACGGCCUGCUGGAUUUUAUUGCUGGUGGUAUCGGGGUGUAUUAUGGAAAGGCUGAUCCUCGUAAUGUGAGCAAGACUCUCAUCGAAGUUGAUUGUAAUGAUGACUGCAAAAGCCAUCGAGCUGAACUCCUCGCAAUCAAGUGUGCGUUGGACAACGAAGCAAAACUCUUAAAAGACGGAACGUCUGAGGGGCCAAUUAACAUCCACUCUGAUUCGCUCCAGUCCCUUCUCAGCAUGACGUUUUUGCGAGAAUAUUGGAAGGUCAAUGGCUGGCGCAAAUUGUCGGGAGGACGUAUCAAAGACAUGGACUUGAUUGUACCAAUGUCACGCCAAUUGGACUCAAUUAAUCAAAUCUAUAAUGACAAAUGGUGGGGUCCGGUUCAAUUCACGAAAGUACCAAGCCAUCUGAAUGUUAGCGGUAAUAUCUAUGCUGAUUGUUUAGCCAAACAAGGUGCGGACGAAAUGUUUUCGAUUUUGUAUACUGAUUGA